AUGCUAGAAUGCACAACUACUGCUGGCCAAGUUGGAUAUCAAGGUGUUGUGAAAGUCUCCUUCGAUGGGGCCAUGAGAACCUCAGCAGAUCUGUACACGUACAUGUACACUGAGAAUCCCACCAUUACUGAGGAAUGUCAAGGUGAAUCUGCAACAGAGAUGCAAUGCCCGUCUCCUAACAUAACAGACCUCGACAUAAGCAAUGAAAACUUGACCUUUGGCUUCAUCAUGGAUGGGGUCACUCAACUGUUGACAUGGUCUCAGGAUAACGAUGCCAACUUGGAGUACUUUGAGGAUCCAAUGUAUAACAAAUUUGAAGGUGGUAUGAAGGAAAAAGAAGGAGAAACCUUGACAAUCACGGGCGAGCGGAUUGACAGCGCCAUCAAAGCUGGAGAAAUCAUCGUGACGAUCGGCGUAGAGAGAUGUCCCGUUAGCCUGAUCACUGGGACAACACUCGUAUGUGAAUUGCCCGAUGAGGCACCAGCAGCCGGUGACUACAUGGGAGAAGAUACCGGGAAAGGUCUGCCUGUGGUAUGGGUUCGCCACAAUAACUUAAAAUUUAGGUUGGGCUAUUUGGUCUAUCCCAGUACGGUGCCACUUGUCGCUAUACUCGUACCGAGUUUGGUCAUUCCACUCUCCAUGGCGAUACUGCUCGCUGCUACCUUCGUGUAUUGCAAACAAUUGCAAAGGAAGCGCACCCACGACCGAAGACUAUUGGGCAGGAUAGUGGCGAUUCAUCUCGAAAUUGACUCCCACGUCAAAAGACGCAAGUGGUAUAGAUCCCAGAAACAGUCGGAAUCUACUCAGCCAAAACAAAAGCGCAUUGUCCUGAACAACAAGGUCAGCUUUGUUCCCGACGACAUCCAUAUCGACUUCAGCCAACUGGAAUUUGGGGAAACUCUCGGACAAGGUGCAUUUGGGCGUGUACUGAAAGCUGUUCUACACGAUACGUCAGGGGAAGAUCAAAUUGUGGCCGUAAAGACAGUGCAAGACACCUCGGACCCGAAAAAUGUGGUAAAGUUCCUGGAAGAAGGCCUGAUCAUGAAAACCUUCAACCAUGUCAACGUUCUUGGGCUUCUGGGGUUGACCUUUGACGCGGACAAAAACCCCUUGGUGGUGAUACCCUUCAUGGCAAACGGUGACCUCAAGACAUAUCUGGUCAAGAAGAAACAGACCUUGGCGACAUCUCUGCUGAUGAGGUUUGCCUCACAUGCUGCACUCGGUAUGAGUUACUUGGCUCAGCACAAGUUUGUCCACAGAGAUCUUGCGGCCAGAAAUUGCAUGGUGGAUAGUGAUCUUCUGGUGAAGAUAGCGGAUUUUGGACUAUCCCGUGACAUGCACGAAUCGGAUUACUACACAAGCGGCGAUGCCCAGGCUAAGCUGCCUAUCAAAUGGAUGGCUCCCGAGUCCAUGGAACGUCGAGUGUACAACGCCAGGACUGACGUAGUACGCAAUUAA